UCAACGCUAUCUCUCACACAACCAGCCUUGCUGAGUAGCGAGUUAGCUCCCAACGUAGCUACAGCUGAGUGAGACCGACAGGAGGAAAUCAGAGUAGAUGGGUUCAAGGAUUCACGUAAAAAUGUGCUGGAGCCGGGCUUUCCUCACCAGCUGGACUCUGCUGCUGCAUUUGCUAUGUUCAGAGGCCGUUCCCAUCAGCAUCGACAAGACAAAAGUCAAAGAGCCAGAGAAAAAUCCCGAGGAGCCACCUGCCAGUGUGGACACUGGACUCCACUAUGACCGCUACCUCAGAGAAGUCAUUGAUUUUCUCGAGAAAGAUCAGCAUUUUAGAGAAAAGCUCCACAACACCGACAUGGAGGACAUUAAGCAGGGAAAGCUGGCUAAAGAGUUGGACUUUGUCAGCCAUCAUGUCCGAACAAAACUAGAUGAGUUAAAAAGGCAGGAAGUAAACCGACUUCGGACCCUGAUUAAAGCCAAGCAAGACCUGGAAGGAGGGAAUGACAUAGCCGUGGACCACCAGGCUCUCCUGAAGCAGUUUGAGUACUUGAAUCACAUGAACCCACAUACUUUUGAAGUAGAUGACCUGGAUCGGCUCAUUAAAUCGGCCACAAAGGAUCUCGAGAACUUCGACAAAGAGAGACACGAGGAGUUCAAGAGGUAUGAAAUGAUGAAGGAACACGACAGGCGGGUCCACCUAAAGAACCUGGAUGACGAUGAGAGAAAGAAAGAGGAGGAGCACUAUGAGGAGAUGAGGAAGAAGCAUGCCGAUCACCCUAAAGUCAACCACCCAGGCAGCCAGAAUCAACUGAAGGAGGUCUGGGAGGAAGCUGAUGGCUUAGACCCAGAAGAUUUUGACCCAAAGACCUUUUUCAACCUGCAUGACACUAAUGGAGAUGGGUUCUUUGAUGAGCAGGAGCUUGAGGCGUUGUUCACCAAGGAGCUGGAAAAAAUUUACGACCCCACCAACGAGGAGGAUGAUAUGGUGGAGAUGGAGGAGGAAAGGCUACGGAUGCGAGAACAUGUUAUGAAUGAGGUGGACACGAACAAAGACAGGCUGGUGUCUUUAGACGAGUUCCUGGUUGCUACGAAGAAAAAAGAAUUCCUGGAGCCAGAUAGCUGGGAGACCCUGGAGCAGAACCAGGCCUAUACAGACGAGGAGAUGAGGGAGUUUGAGGAGCAUCUCGCCCAACAAGAGCAGGAUCUCAAUGAGAGGGCCGUAGACCUUCAGAAACAGAGAGAUGAGCUGGAGAGACAGCAGGAGCAGCUUAACGCGCAGAAGGUUGAGCUUCAGCAAGCAGUUGAGCACAUGGAAAAAAUGAAGACUCAGAAAGUAGACGCCCCUCCAGAGGUUCAGGUUGAAGGAAACGCCAUCCCAGAGGUGCAUGCGGCUGACGACCAGCCGGGCCUCGAUCACCAGCCCCCGGCCCAGGCCCAAACACACCAAGACUCUCCCGAUCACAUUCAAGACUCGCCUCCGGAACAUCAUGAACAGCUAAACCAAGCCCUUCCCCAGCACGGGCUGCCCCAGCCACAUCAGGAUACACCACCAGGCCAUCAGGAGGUCGCACAGGGCCACCAUGACUUGCCAUAGAAAUGCUGUCUUAAAAGAAGAAAAAAAAAAAAGAAAAAAAAACACAAAAUAACAAACAAACUUUUGCUUUACCUAAACUCCUGU